AUGAAGAUUGCCGUUGCGCAACUCUGUUCUACGCCUUCUAUUACUCACAAUAUCGAACGUUGUCUACGACUCAUUCGACGAGCAGCUGCCGCCAAUGCCAAACUUGUGUAUCUUCCAGAGGCAGCAGACUACAUUGCACCAACAAAUACUGUAUAUGACCUUGCUGCGCAACUCCCUGACCAUGUGUUUGUGCAACGGAUCAAGAUGGAAGCGCGCUCCAGCCGUAUCUGGGUCGGCGUUGGGGUUCACGAGCGGCCAGAAACACCAUUGUCCUCUGAGCGGCGCGUCUUUAACACUCACCUUCUAAUUGACGACACUGGAGAUAUCAAAGGCAGAUACGAGAAACUUCAUCUUUUCGACGUCGAUCUCAAAGGGUCUGGAGGAUCAACCUUUCUUGAGUCUGCCUCGACCGUUCCCGGCAGGAACAUGACUCCUCCGGUGAAAACACCAGCUGGGCAAGUGGGUCUACUCACCUGUUACGACAUUCGGUUCGCCGAGCCUGCACUACUCCUACGGCAACGCGGUGCACAUAUCCUCACAUACCCAAGCGCAUUCACAAUCAAGACUGGCAAAGCCCACUGGGAAACUCUCCUUCGUGCACGCGCAAUUGAGACGCAAUCCUAUGUUCUCGCUCCUGCACAAGCAGGCGAGCACUUUGCCGGACGCUUCUCGUAUGGCCGUGCGAUGAUUGUGGACCCGUGGGGUACUAUUCUUGCUCAGUGCAAGGAAUUUGACAACAGUGCCAACUCACAGCCAGAGGUCAAUUCUAGUGGUGAAGAAGACGACUUGGCCAUUGCAGAAAUCGAUCUAGACUACCUCACCCAGGUAAGAAGAGAAAUGCCUCUGUGGGAUCAAAGACGAGCAGAUGUCUACAAUCUCUCUGAAAGGAUUCAAGCAUGA